AAGAUUUUCUCGGUUUUCUUGCCGUUGCUCAUCCUAUUGCGUCGAUUCUGUUUCAAGCGCGCGUCACCGGAAAUGGCAUCAGAGGACGUAGCGGAGUCGGUGUCGGAGUGGUUUCACGGUCGAAAUAUUUUCGUCACCGGUGGUACUGGUUUCAUGGGGAAAGUUUUAAUUUACAAACUGUUGCUCAGUUGCCACAACCUUGGAAAUAUUUUCGUGCUGAUCAGAAAGAAGAAAGAGGUCGAUCCACAGACGAGGCUGCAGCACAUAAUACAGCAAGAACCCUUCAAACUGAUCAAAGAGAAGUAUCCAGACAGACUGAAGAAACUCAUAUUGGUGGCCGGCGACACUACUUCGGAGGAUCUCGCAUUAUCGACUGCCGAUAAACAGAGACUAAUUAAAGAAGUUUCCGUCAUUUUCCACAUGGCAGCGAACGUUAAGUUCGACUUGCCAUUGAAAGAGGCGGUAAAAAUCAAUACCGUUGGUACCAUGAACAUUUUAAAUCUUGCUAAACAGAUACCAAAUCUACAGUCUUUCAUUCACGUGUCCACGUCUUAUUGUCAAUGCACAGAAGAAGUGCUAGAGGAGAAAAACUACUCGUGUAUAGUGCAGCCUGAGAAAGUCGUAGACACUGUAAAUAACAUGACGGACGACGUUCUUAAAGCGAUGACCCAAACAAUAUUAAACGGACAGCCGAACACCUACGCCUUUAGUAAAGCACUCAGCGAGGAUUUGGUGCAAAGAUCUGGCCUGCCUGCAGGCGUUGCUAGACCUUCCAUCGUGGUCGCAUCAUGGAAAGAACCAGCUCCUGGUUGGGUAGAAAAUAUGAACGGACCAACAGGUCUAAUGAUAGGCGCUGGAAAAGGAGUAAUUCGAACGGUGCUUUGCAACUAUAAUUACAUGUUAAAUCUAAUUCCCUGUGAUAUGGCGAUUAACGCGAUCAUCGCGUUAGCGUGGAAAGUUGGAAAGGAGAAACCAGAAAAACCAAUGUUUAUGAAUGUUACCUGUGGAGCUGAAAAUCCAAUCUCUUGGGGUUACGCUGUGGAUACCGGGAAGAAGCAUGCAACAACGUAUCCAUUCACAGGUCUGCUCUGGUAUCCAGGUGGAAGCAUAACCACGUUAAAGUUCUACCACUGGAUACGUGUGAUCUUCUUCCACUUUAUACCUGCGUACCUGUUAGAUGCUCUAAUCGUUCUGAGUGGAAACAAACCGUUCUUGGUGAGGGUGCAACACAAAGUCAACGCUGGCAUCGAAAUGAUACAAUAUUAUACCACUAAGGAAUGGGUAUUUAGGAACGAACGUAUGCAGGAAUUACAGGACGAACUGAACCCUGCUGAUAGGGAAGAGUUCUUUAUGAACACGAAAGCGAUAUCUUGGGACGACUACUUGUUACGAUACAUUCUAGGCACUAGACAAUACUGUUUGAAAGACGAUCCUUCGACUUUACCCCGUGCAAGAAAGGUCCUCAGGUGUCUGUACUUCGCCGAUUGGUUCCUGAAGAUCGGUCUUCUGAUUUUCUUCACGUGGUUCAUUUAUUCCUGGAUCAGUCCCUGCGGGGAAAUAACUGCAACGAAAUUCGAGAUUAACGAGAUUUAA